UAAAACUCGUAAUAGUAAUAACUCUCUCUCUAUCUCUAUAUAUAAAACCUCUAUAGAUUCCAUCCAUCCUCUUAUCUCUCUCUUCUCAUUCUCUCUAUCCCUUGUGUGUCGGUGAUCAGAUCUCCCCUCUCGAUUCUCUCUCCCCUCCCUGCCGACGAAACCGUGCGUUCGAAGCAAAGCCGGAGGAAUCGAGAGGUGAAUGAGAAAUUGGCCCGCGAUUCUGUCUCUGUCGGUGAAGGUUCCCGGAGCAGAAGCCUCGCGAUUCUGGAGCAGUUCUCGGUGGGGCCAAUGCGGCUGAUCUGAUCCUCCAUCAAUCUCGAAAUUUUGAUUGAAAUCUGGAACGAUCUCUCAUGAUGAUGCAGCAAGAUCCUCUGCGUAAAAAGAACAAUCUGGAGACGGAGUUCUUUUCUGACUACGGGGACGCCACCAGAUUCAAAAUCCAAGAAGUGAUCGGCAAAGGAAGCUACGGAGUCGUUUGCUCUGCCAUAGACACCCUCACCGGCGAGAAAGUAGCCAUUAAGAAAAUACACGACAUCUUCGAGCACAUAUCAGACGCCGCGAGGAUUCUGCGCGAGAUAAAGCUCCUCAGGCUCCUGAGACAUCCGGACAUAGUCGAGAUCAAGCACAUCAUGCUCCCUCCUUCGAGAAGAGAGUUCAAAGAUAUCUACGUUGUGUUUGAGCUCAUGGAGUCUGAUCUUCAUCAAGUUAUUAAAGCCAACGAUGAUUUGACUAAAGAGCAUUACCAGUUUUUCCUGUAUCAGUUGUUGCGUGCUCUCAAGUACAUUCACACAGCUAAUGUCUACCACAGAGAUCUGAAGCCAAAGAACAUUUUGGCGAAUGCAAACUGUAAACUUAAGAUUUGUGAUUUUGGAUUGGCGAGAGUUGCGUUCAAUGAUACCCCCACAACAAUCUUCUGGACAGAUUAUGUUGCUACAAGAUGGUAUAGAGCUCCUGAGCUUUGUGGAUCUUUCUACUCCAAGUAUACACCUGCAAUUGAUAUCUGGAGUAUAGGCUGCAUUUUUGCGGAAGUGUUGAUGGGAAAACCACUUUUCCCUGGGAAGAAUGUGGUUCACCAGCUUGAUCUUAUGACUGACCUGCUUGGGACACCUUCCCUUGACACCAUCUCCAGAGUGAGGAAUGAGAAGGCGAGGAGGUACUUGACAAGCAUGAGGAAAAAGCCACCUAUUCCGUUUACUCAGAAGUUCCCAAACGCAGAUCCUCUGUCUUUGAAGCUGUUGGAGAGGCUUCUUGCUUUCGAUCCAAAAGACCGACCAACUGCUGAAGAGGCGCUUGCUGAUCCAUAUUUCAAAGGAUUAGCGAAAGUGGAGAGGGAGCCUUCAUGUCAGCCCAUUACGAAGAUGGAGUUUGAGUUCGAGAGAAGAAAAGUCACUAAAGAGGAUAUCAGAGAGCUAAUAUCUAGAGAGAUACUUGAGUACCAUCCUCAGCUGCUAAAAGAUCACAUGAACGGAGCUGAUAAAACCAAUUUUCUCUAUCCAAGUGCUGUUGAUCAGUUUAGGAGACAGUUUGCACAUCUUGAAGAAAACAGUGGCAAAACUGGCCCUGUUGCACCUCUAGAAAGGAAACAUGCCUCUCUUCCCAGAUCAACAGUUAUACACUCAACCACAGUUGCACGAGGAGGACAACCGAAAUUUAUGAACAACACAAACACAUUGAGCCCUGAAACUACUCAAAACAUUCCUCUUAAUCAUCAUCAUCAUGCUGCAGCAGUACAAGCACAGCAAAGAAACCUCUCAGCUGCAAAACCAAGCACAUUCAUGGGUCCAGUGGCGCCUUUUGACAACGGUAGAAGCAGUAGAGAUGCAUAUGACCCGAGAUCAUUCAUCCGCAGCACUACCAGUACUACUCUUCCCUUUCAACAGCAGUCUGCAUCAACAGUCUCCAUGGGAAGGCAACAAGAGAGGAGAACAACAACAACAACCAUGGAGUCUGAGAAGCAGGCAAGACAAAUACAUCAGUACAAUAGAUACGUCGCACCAGAUGUAGCCAUCAACAUAGAUAGCAACCCGUUUGUCAUGGCUCGAACCACUGGAAUGAUGCACAAGGCGGAAAACAUGAGUGUUGAUCACCGGAUCAUAAUCGAUACGAAUCUGUUACAGGCGACAGCAGGAAUAGGAGUUGCUGCGGCGGCUGCGGCAGCCGCUCCCGGUGGUUCUGCUCACCGGAAAGUUGGAGCUGUUCGGUACGGCAUGUCAAAGAUGUACUAGAAGUCUUAGAUCACACAGGAACAUCAUAAAUAAAUGGAUGUUAUAUUCUGACAUAUAGAGUUGGACAGGGAAGGUUCUGAUUUUUCUCACGUCUAAAAAGAACCGACGGCUACAGAGGAUGUAUCAGCGUGGACUGUGGGUGCUAAUGAUGAUGGAUGUUUCAUGGCAGCAACCGAUGCAUGUGGUAGUGGGAGCCCAUUUCACAGAGAACUUUGUUCUUCCAAAGUCAAAGAAAGCUGCUUUGUCACUUGAUUGUAUCUGUAGCCAAACAAUUGGUGUGUAUGUAUAUAUUUUGUUGUAUAGAAUCUGAGUUGUUUAAAUUAAAUAAAUUUGAGAAUUUUCUUUUAAAGAUAUUAAUAUAAAUUAAUUUGAGGAUA